AUGCCGCUCGACAACGUUCGUAACGUCGUCCUUGUCCUCUCCGGCAAGGGCGGCGUCGGCAAAUCCAGCGUUACCCUCCAGCUCGCCCUCGCGCUCACACAGCAGGGCCACAACGUCGGCAUCCUCGACAUCGACCUGACCGGCCCCUCAAUACCACGCCUCCUCGGUCUGGAAGACAAGAAAGUCACUCAGGCCCCGGGUGGCUGGCUGCCCGUCAAAGUCCACGAUGCUCUGACCGCGUCCGCCUCAUCCACAGCCGCAACCUCGAACGGCGCAGCCACUUCCGCACCAUCUACAGACGCCGCCACAUCAGAAGCGCAACCACCCUCGUCAUCCAAACGCGGCUCCCUCCACGCCCUCUCGCUCGCCUUCCUCCUCCCCUCCCGCUCCUCCGCCGUCAUCUGGCGCGGCCCCAAAAAGACCGCCAUGGUGCGGCAAUUCGUGUCCGACGUGCUCUGGCCGCCCGGCACCGACUACCUGCUCAUCGACACCCCGCCAGGCACGUCGGACGAGCACAUCGCCAUCGUCGAGGAACUACACAAGCACGCCACCGUGGAUGCGCUAGGACCGGCCCAGGGCCUCACGGCGGCUGCUGGUCCGAGGUUGGUGGGCGCGGUCGUCGUCACGACGCCACAGGCCAUCAGCGUCGCGGAUGUGAGGAAGGAGUUGAAUUUCUGCGUCAAGACGCAGGUGCCGGUGGUUGGCGUGGUGGAGAAUAUGAGCGGGUAUAUGUGUCCGUGCUGUGGAGAGGUGAGCCAUAUCUUCAGCAAGGGGGGCGGAGAGGUCAUGGCGCGGGAGAUGGGGAUCCGCUUCCUCGGCGGUGUGCCGGUCGACACGGGCUACGGGGAGAUGGUGGAAGCCAAGGGGGAAGGUGCGGGGCUGUUGGUCGACAGGUAUGCGAAGACGGGGCUGAGUCGCGUGUUUGAGGGGUUUGCGAGGGUGGUGGAUGAGGUCGCGAAAGGCGAGCCGUCGCCGCCGCCAGCUAUUACGGAAAGAUCAUAG